AUGAGUACGGGAAGUAACGGUAUCACAGUAAAAGGAGAUGGACCGAUUGUGUUAGUUUUAGCUCCAACUCGUGAACUUGGUGUUCAAAUACAACAAGAAGCAACUAAAUUUGACGCAUCUUCAAAGAUUAAGAAUACUUGCAUUUAUGGUGGGGCUCCAAAGGGUCCUCAAGUUCGUGAUUUACAGAAAGGUGUUGAGAUUAUCAUUGCUACACCUGGAAGAUUGAUUGAUAUGUUGGAGUCUCAUCAUACAAACCUGAGGAGGGUGACUUACCUUGUGUUGGAUGAGGCAGAUAGGAUGCUUGACAUGGGUUUUGAACCUCAAAUGAAAAAAAUUGUUUCACAGAUACGACCAGAUCGUCAAACCUUGUAUUGGAGUGCUACACAGCCAAAGGAAGUCGAACAACUUGCAAGACAGUUUCUUUACAACCCAUACAAAGUGGUGAUUGGUUCACAAGACUUAAAAGCUAAACAUUCGAUUCAGCAACAUGUGGAUAUUGUUACUGAGAAUCAAAAGUACAACAAAUUGGUGAAACUGCUGGAUGACAUCAUGGAUGGGAGUAGAAUUCUAAUUUUUAUGGACAUGAAAAAAGGGUGUGACCAAAUCACCCGCCAGCUCAGAAUGGACGGGUGGCCCGCAUUAUCAAUCCAUGGAGAUAAAAGUCAAGCGGAAAGAGAUUGGGUUUUAUCCGAAUCCAAAGCUGGUAAAAGUCCAAUAAUGACAGCUACAGAUGUUGCAGCUCGUGGCUUAGAUGUGAAAGACGUGAAAUAUGUGAUAAAUUAUGAUUUCCCGGGUUCCUGA